AUGCCAUUUUAUGGUCAAGGAAGGAGUGAGAGCUUUUCUAGGGCAUGCCGGUUUUUACCGGAGAUUUAUCAAAAAAUUUCAUCAAUCGCCAAACCUUUGACCGAAUUACUCAAAAAGGAUGUUGUGUUUAGCUUCGAUGAGGCUUGCCUUGAGGCAUUUCAAAAGCUCAAGGAAGCUCUCAUUUCCUCCCCCGUUGUGGAAGCUCCGAAUUGGAGCUUGCCUUUUGAGCUAAUGUGCGAUGCGAGUGAUUUUGCAGUAGGUGCGGUACUUGGGCAAAAGAAGGAAGGAAGAUCUCAUGUCAUUUACUAUGCAAGUAGAACGCUUGAUGAGGCUCAAAAGAACUAUACAACAACGGAGAAGGAAAUGCUUGCGGUUGUGUUUGCCAUGGACAAGUUUAGAUCCUAUCUUAUAUGUUCCAAGGUGAUUGUGUACACGGAUCACAUAGCGGUCCGCUACCUUAUGACCAAGAAGGAUGCAAAACCGCGUCUCAUCCGUUGGGUUCUUUCGCUCCAAGAUUUUGACAUGGAAAUGAGGGAUAAAAAGGGAGCGGAGAACUAUGUAGCGGAUCAUUUGUCUAGGCUUCCUUUUAAGACUAAGGAGGAUGUGCCAAUUAAUGAGGAGGUGGGAUUUGAAACCCUCAUGGCUAUGGCUUUAACGUCUAGCCCUUGGUACGCGGACAUAGCCAACUAUCUCGCUUGUGGAGUCGUUCCUCCGGAGUUCUCCUCUCAACAAAAGAAGAGAUUUUUCAAGGAAGUGAGGAGGGUGCUAAUCAGUGAUGGAAGUUCUCAUUUUUCCAAGAAACAAUUCGAAGCUCUCCUCAAGAGACAUGGGGUUCAUCACAAGUUUAGUCUCCCUUACCACCCUCAAACUCAAGGGCAAGUGGAGGUAUCCAAUAGAGAGAUCAAAAACCUUCUUGAGAGGAUGGUGAACAAGUCUAGAAAAGAUUGGUCUCUCAAGCUUGAUGACACACUUUGGGCCUUAAGGACGGCAUACAAGACCCCCAUUGGCAAAACCCCCUACCGGUUGGUCUAUGGGAAGGCUUGUCAUUUGCCGGUUGAAUUAGAAUAUAAGGCUUGGUGGGCGAUCAAGGAGCUUAACAUGGACAUGUCCUUGGCAGGUGAGAAGAGAUUGCUUAAGCUCAAUGAACUUGAGGGGCCCCGAUAUGACGCCUACGAGAACUCGAGGCUCUACAAGGAGAGGACUAAGAGAUGGCACGACCGACAUGUAAGGAACAAGAGCUUCAAGGUUGGGGACAAGUUGAUUGUUGAACUAGAUUGCUUGGUUGUGGUUGUGCUUGGUGAUUGUUGGAAGUGUGCUUGUUGUGUUGGAUAUUUGAAGUUGGAGAACUAUUGUGGUGUGAUUGUUGUGGUGAUUUGUUGA